AUGUCGCCGCGGCCGCCGCAGCGCGACGUCAUGUGCAGGGUCGUGUCCAGGUCCAGCCUCAGCCUCAAGCUAAUCGAAAUAACACGCCUCAUAAUUCCCCUCGUCUUCGCCGUCGCUCUCAGGCUCAGCACGAACAGGCUGCAGUGGCUCCCGCUGCCGCCCCCGCUGCCCCUGUAUUUCGGGAUGUUGACCGCCCGAACCUCGUGCAGCAAGCACCCCAAGCUCAGGUCCAACCGGUCCAGGACUUCCAGUGCACGCGAUGGGCCAACCGAUGCUACCAUGGGGUGUCCGCGGUCUCUACGACCAUUACAGGCAGAGACCGGGGAUCCAGCGAUGGUGGAGCCAGCCAUGAAUGACGAUUUGAGCCUGUUGGACUUCGCUGCUCCCCGUGAGGACUUUCAAAACCUGGCCAUGAACAUGGGCGGCAUGGAUCAAGGCUUUGAUGACAUAUGGCGCGGACAGUACCCGGGGAUGGACGGCGGCUGGGCUGAAUACGACAGGGCCGGACUUAAGCCCGGGCCGAUUUAUUUUGGUUUCGACGACCUGGUAUUUAAGUGA